AUGGAGAUGCUGUCGGAGCACACGGUCGAGGGCUGGCUCGAGGGAUACCUGCUGAGCGGUCGCCACGGGCUGCUCAACAGCUACGAGCCGUUCAUCCAUGUUAUCGACUCCAUGGUGAACCAGCACUGCAAGUGGAUCGAGAAGUCGCUUGAGAUUGAGUGGCGCAACAAGAUAGCCUCUCUCAACAUUCUACUUACCUCUGUUGUCUGGCGGCAGGACCACAACGGCUUCUCGCACCAGGACCCGGGUUUUCUCGAUGUCAUCGCCAACAAGAGCCCCGAGGUGGUGCGAAUCUACCUGCCUCCCGACGGCAACUGCCUCCUCUCCGUCAUGGACCACUGCCUGCGCUCCGUCAACUACGUCAAUGUCAUCGUCUCGGACAAACAGGACCAUUUGCAGUACCUCAAUAUGGAGGAGGCGGUCGUACACUGCACAAACGGUAUCAGCAUCUGGCCCAAGUUCAGCACCGACGCGGGGCUCAAUCCGGACGUCGUGAUGGCGUCCUGCGGCGACAUCAGCACCCACGAGACGCUCGCCGCCAUCGACCUAUUGUUGCGGCAAUUCCCGGAGCUCAAGAUACGCUACGUCAAUGUCGUUGAUCUGUUCGUGCUCAUCCAUCCGACGGAUCACCCGCACGGACUCUCGGACCGCAAAUGGUGCAGCCUCUUCACCGACGACACGCCUGUCGUCUUCAACUUCCACAGCUACCCCUGGAUGGUGCAUCGCCUGACGUAUAAGCGACCGGGGAGCCACAAUAUUCACGUCAGAGGUUACACGGAAAAGGGAAAUAUAGACACGCCGCUCGAACUGGCCAUCCGUAAUAGGACCGACCGCUUCAGCCUUGCCAUCGAUGUCGUCGACCGGGUGAAAGAUCUCCACAAUCGCGGCGCCUCGGCCCGCCAGGCCUUCCACAACGAGCAGACAAAGGCCGCAAACUACGCCUUUGAGAAUGGUGUCGACCCCGCGUACCUAUCUACUUGGGACUGGCCGGACAGUGGUUUGCGGCAGAAAACGGCGGAGCAGCUAAUCGCCUGA